GUAAGCGAAUAGCAGUGAAGGAGUCAUAAAGGAGACAUUCAAAAUUUCUAUAAGAUGUCUCGUCUUUUCCAUAGAAAGGAGAUUCUCAAGUAGCUUUCCUCUGCUAUCCUCAAGACAACUUCGUUGGCAAAGUCUCUCUUUUCUGUGAGCAUAUACAGCAAUGGCACCUCUUCCUCUUGUGACCCUUCUUGUGGCAAGUGCUGGUUUGGUCCUUUCGGCACCUACUGGUACUGCUUCAGCUCCAGCUACCAAUACGCUUUUGGGUUACAAUCCUGCCAAUGGAGUGAUCAAUGUUGAUACCGACAAUAUCCCAUUCAGUUUGGUACCACAUCAAACAGAAGCUGCAACCAUCGGUACUGCACUUGAUUUCACAGAUACCGAGAACCCACAGCCUAUUCGAGGAACAAAAGGUGGCCUUGAUCCAGGACCACAAACUCCAGAAUACAGCAGAUUAAACCCAGAUAGGUUGGCCCCACCUGGAACCGAUCACGGGGCUGUUGACAACGCGCAAGUAAGUUAACAACGAGACUGUCUACGUAUUUCUGAUUCGGUGCUAACUAUUUCCCAGUGGCCACUAGGUUUGAGUCAUGCCAAAUUGGGGUUGGGUCGAGCAGGAUGGUCCAGACAGCAAAAUGCAGCUGUUCUCCCAGCUGCCACCGAAAUGGCUGGAGUAGACAUGAGAUUAGAAGAGGGAGGUUAUCGAGAACUUCACUGGCACAAAGCUGCCGAGUGGGCUUAUAUCCUCAAGUAAGUUGAAACUCCGAAUAUUUGCUAGCGAUGAUGAUUCUGACAGAAUUCUCUCAUAGCGGGAGUGCUCGAAUUCAAGCAAUGAACGAGGACGGACAGACCUUCGUUGAUGAUCUGAGCGCCGGAGAUGUCUGGUUCUUUCCGCCAGGAGUUCCUCAUUCUCUUCAAGGUCUCAAAGGUGGUGUCGAAUUCAUUUUGAUCUUCGACACGGGUGAGUUCUCAGAAGAUAAUACUUUCUUGGCCUCAGAAGUCUUUGUUCGCAACCCGGUAUGUCCUUCUCACAUUUUUUUAACCAAGAACCGAAGCAAUCCUCGUGUCAUUUUGUCAGAUUUUAGAGCAUUACUAACACGAUUUUUAGAAGGAUAUCCUGUCAAAGACUUUGGGCGUCCCCCUAAAAGCAUGGGACAACAUUCCAGCAGGCGAGCUUUUCAUUUUCCCAGGAACCAAUGCACCUGCAGAUAUUCAAGAGCAAAAUGUUAUCGGCUCCGCUGGAAUAGUUCCAGUAGAGGGCUCCUACUCGUACCAUUUCUCGAAGCAAGCAAACACCAUAGAGACCGAGGGCGGAAGUGUCAAAAUCGUUGACCCUAAAAACUUCCCCAUAGCGUCAAUGGUCUCUGCAGCACUAGUUACGGUCAAACCAGGAGCCAUUCGAGAAAUUCAUUGGCACACAUCAAGUGACGAGUGGAACUACUUCAUCUCUGGUUCUGCUAGAAUUGGAAUCUACGCCGCAGCCAACGCAGCUCAAACCUUCGAUUACAAUCCCGGUGACACUGGAUACAUUCCAAAGUCCAUGACGCAUUACGUCGAGAACACUGGAAAGACCGACCUGGUCUUCCUGGAAGUCCUAAAGGCCGACCAUUUCUCAGGUAAGUUUCUUGCUUGUAAUUCGUUAGCAAUGACUGAUUUUAAUAGAUAUCUCCGUUGGACAAUGGUUGGCACUCACACCCUCUCAAAUUGUUCAAGACACCUUGAAUGUCACAAACGCGACCACUUCCGCGUUCAAGAAGGAGAAGCAGUACAUUAUUCCUGGUGUUCUUCCUCAGUAGAUUGGUCAUGCAUUUGCCACUUCAGCUUUAACCCUCUUCUUCUUUGGCUAUUUGGCGAGCGAUUACCAAUCAGUCCUUUAUUAUUGGAAAGCUAAUUUCUUUUUUCAUGUUUACAUCUGAUUGUAUUUAAGCUAGAAUACCAUUCUGUUACUUUUGAA